UUUCCGCGCCGCGCCGAGCAGAGCCGACAUGGAGACAACAAGCAGCGACGGUAAACCAGACGAACAGGAGGGAAUGGACGCGGACAGGUGUCUGUCGACGUCCGACAGUGGGAGUGGAGAGGAUUCAUUGGAUAGCAUAACAACCUGUAUCCCACGAUGCCCUCUUACUCCGUCUUUAUCGCCACAAAACCGGGCCACGAGCCGGUCUAAGACCCAGCCUCCUCUGCUGAGGACCAACAAACGGACCAUUUACACUGCUGGAAGACCACCAUGGUACAACGUCACCGGAACAACCUUCAAAGAGGCUUUUGUUAUCGGUUUGUGUGGAGGAAGUGCUUCUGGUAAAACUACAGUUGCCAACAAGAUCAUUGAAGCGCUGGACGUUCCAUGGGUGGUUUUGCUCUCCAUGGACUCUUUCUACAAGGUGUUGAACAAAGAACAGCAGGAGCAGGCAGCCAAAAACGAAUACAACUUUGACCACCCAGAUGCCUUCGACUUUGAGCUCUUGGUCAACGUCCUGAGAAAGCUGAAGAAAGGAAAGAGCGUUAAAGUACCAGUGUACGACUUCACAACUCACUGCAGACGAAAGGAAUGGAAAACCGUGUACGGUGCUAACGUGGUCAUCUUUGAGGGCAUCCUGGCUUUUGCUAACAAGGAGCUGCUCAAGCUGCUGGACAUGAAGGUGUUUGUGGACACAGACUCUGACAUCCGGCUGAUAAGGAGGCUGAAGAGGGACAUUUCCCAGCGUGGCCGGGACAUCAGCGGCAUCAUCAAACAGUACAACAAGUUUGUAAAACCGGCGUUUGAGCAGUACAUCGAGCCCACAGUGCAGUCUGCUGACAUCGUGGUGCCCAGAGGAGGAGAAAACUUUGUAGCACUGGAUUUGAUUGUUCAGCACGUUCACAGUCAGCUGGAGAAGAGGAAGCUCCGCUGGGAUAUAUCGGCUCUUGCCUCAGCUCACCAGGGUCAGCCUUUACCCAAAACCCUCAGCGUGAUGGAGAGCACGCCACAGGUCCGAGGCAUGCAUACCAUCAUCAGGAACAAGGAGACGAACAGGGAUGAGUUUAUCUUCUACUCCAAGAGAUUAAUGAGGCUUCUGAUAGAACAUGCCCUUUCAUUUCUGCCUCUCAAGCCCGUGUCAGUAGAGACACCUCAGGGCGGCGUCUAUAACGGCAAGAGACUGAGCGGUAAAAGAAUCACUGGAGUUUCGAUCCUGAGAGCAGGAGAGACCAUGGAGCAGGCUCUGACGGCUGUUUGUAAAGACAUCAGACUGGGAAAGAUCCUCAUCCAGACCAACCAUGACACAGGAGAGCCAGAGCUUCACUACCUCCGUCUGCCCAAAGACAUCAGUGAGGACUACGUCAUCCUGAUGGACAGCACUGUGUCCACCGGAGCCGCUGCUCUCAUGGCUGUCAGAGUGCUUUUGGACCAUGAUGUGGCAGAAGAUAAGAUCUUCCUAUUAUCCUUGUUAAUGGCCGAGAUGGGGGUCCACUCGGUGGCCUACGCCUUCCCUAAAGUCCGUAUCAUCACCACCGCUGUGGAUAAGGAGGUUAACGACCAGUUCCACAUCAUUCCAGGCAUCGGUAAUUUUGGAGAUCGUUACUUUGGCACCGACGCUCCGUCAGACUGGUGUGAGAGUGAUGAGGGCAUGGACUUCUGAAUACCAGAAACCCAUCAGAGGAUGUGUUGUUACAAAAAGCACUUAGAGCUGUGAGAAGAGAGAAAAACGCUCCUUCAUUCCUCACAGCUGUCACUAACUUCAUCGACGUCCACCUGAAGGACCAGGUGAUGCAGUAUACACUGCUUUCUGAUCACACCAGUGACUCACAUGUGAUCUAAUUAUCCACUAUUAUUCUCAGUUUGACAGAGGUCAUAUAAACAGCAUGUUGAUUAUAUCUAGAAUUAGAAUAUUUUCAGACUAAAAUUAAGUUAAGAUUCAGCAUAUUCAGACAUAUGCUCCUCAUCUACACAAAGUCUGAGAUGCAUGGCCUUUUGCCUGUUUACUGUUGGGUCUGUGCCUUGUCAGCAAACAAACAGGGAAAGUUAGAGAACCUUACAUGAAUAUUUAUCCUCAUAAGCCAUGUGAACAGCUUAUUAGGAAUAUCAGAUUUCAGGGCAAGGACGGGGAAAGCUCAGUGGCAGGAUUUAGUUUUAAAAAGGAGGUAGACUGUUACCUGUGCCAAUGGAUUUCUUCUAUUUAUAGAUGUUGAAGCUGUAAGCAAUAUUGUACAGCCACCCAAGUAUAUUUCUGGCCAUUUCAACCUUUUCAGACAUUUGUAUCACCAUCUGUGCAUGCAAGAGAGGCGUGCAUAUGUCCCUCCCGUGAAUGCAACAAUAGAUGUGUGAUGUUAAAGAAUUAUCUUCAUAUGCCAAUGUUUUUCUGCAGCUUUAAUCAUGCUGUCCUCAUUUCAAAAGGGGAGACAUGUUAUUAGAUGUCUUUAUACAUUGUACUGUUGAUAUAUACUUUUAAAAUAGCAGAAACACAACAAAAUAAACAUAUAGGAUGGCCAUAUCUGCCACAGAAGUUAAGUGUAGCUCCAUGGGAGACACUGAUAUCUAUGAAACUGUUAAAAAAUAGCAAACUUUGGUUGAUGUAAAAUGGCAACCAAUGCAGAAGAAAGUCAAAUCAUGAGUGGCGUACAAAUUGAUGAAGUGGUGAUAUUUCACUUGAAUCUCAAAAUUACAUGCUGUUUUUUAUGUCAAAUCAAUCCGUUUGCUUGAAUAUAAUGUAAAUAAUGUUGCUAGGUAUGUUUUUGCAGGUUUUGAAGCUUCAGUCGUGACCUUUCUUUUGUCUCCUGCUGUCUAUUUGCAGAAAGAGCUUUGAAAUUUGUGUUUCUUCCAGCAGUUUGUACCAUCAAGUCCUUUUUUUAACCUUUAUAAAACAGAUAUUGUAGAUGAUUAAGAAGUCCAAACAAUCCAAUCCUUAGCUUUGCACGAAGACGUGAAAACGAUGAAUAACAAGGCCUCGUUUUUUAAGAUAAUUCUGUUUAAAUAGCUCUUAGAAGACGCAUUAGUCUGCGGGGGAGGUUCCUAAAAUUUGAAGGUAAUAUACUGCAUCUAGCUUGCAAUGUAGUGUUCUUUUCAUUUCCUUUUUUAUAGCUUAAAGCAUUUUUGUAGGAAAUCUUAGUGUAUUAUUUUAGCUUUGCUGGUGAAGCUUCAUCGUUUCUGUACUGUAAAUUAAUUUAAUCUCAGGCAACUUUGAAAAAAAAACAAAAAAAACAAUGAGGAAUUAUACUUGAACUAGAAGAGUGAUGAUUAAGGGAAGCAAUCAAAUGUUAGUGAUGUUUUUUUUACAUUAAUUGUUUUUAUUAUGUUUAUUAUUGCUGUAAUUGUCCAUUCCUUGAACCUUUACAUAGAGAAUUUUCUGCACUGAUGAAAGUGUCUUUUUUAAGCAAAAACAUUUUUCACAAGUUAAAACCUUUAAUAUCAUUAUUACAUUUGUAUUAAAUAUUUAACUCCGCUUUAGAUAAUUAUUCGGUAAAGAUACUCCAUGUUUUAAGUUGCGUUGUCUGGAAAAUCUCUGUAUAAACUGCUGUUACGCUCGGUGCCAAAAGCAACAAGUCUGACAGUUGUUGAGUUCUUUUGUUUCUCCUGUGGUCUGAUUUAUUGUCGGUAAAUCCACAGCACUGUAUGAACAUAAAAUCUGUUUUCAAAAAAGAAAAAAAAAAAAAAACACCAUUUGGUUCAGUUUAAGGCAGCAUUUUUGGUGAGUUUCUCAUAUGUAAAGUAAAAAACAAAAAUACAUUCCCUGUUUUUUUUUUUUUUUUAGUGUGUUUACAUGCACAUUAAUAAACCAGUUAUCUGCUGAUUUCUGAAAUUACACGAUUACUGAAGCAGUCAUUUAAACCACGUAAUGUAAUGCUCUAUUACAGGUAAAGGAUUAUGAACGAUUAUAUUAAUGCUCUUAGCUUUUUGCAGAAUAAUCUGAUUAUUCAGGGCUGCAGAUAGAAGCAUUACUUAUGUUCUGUUUUAUCUGCAUACGAGUUAAUUACACAACUUGAAGUGGAAGAAGAAAACAAGCGGAGUGGGGAGGAAGUUAGCUGUCAUGUAUGACAAGGUAAUAGAUUUAGCCUGCCGGUCAAUAAGAAAACGGGGAAAAAUCUGAAUAGUGGAAGCAGUUUGAACCUUUUUGGACUAAAAUCAAAAUCAAAAUAUGACAUUUAUGUGUUCAAUUUCUUUUAUUCUGUUUUCAGCUUUUUAAUUUAUGUAAUGUGUUUUUCUUUUACUGAAUUUCUUCUGUAUUUUAGCUUUUCUGUCAGCCUAAUAGAGCUACAGUGUAAAAGUUGGGUUAUAAGUGUACUGUAUUUGAUAAAUUGCAAGACUGAACUCGCAACACUUAUUUCCCACUUCUUCUCAUUCUAUUUGAAGAGUUGAUUUUAAAAAUCAAGCCUCAAUCACUGGACAGUUUGGUGGAAAAUGCUGCUUUAUUUAGCAUUACUUUGACAUUUCUGUUAAGAACAAUCGUUCAGAAUAAAACAAUAUGCAGAUCUGUGGGUGCAGCUAUCAUAAAUGUCUGGAUGUUUAUUUUUACUGCUUUUUCAUGUGUCAAAGCUAUGGUAUAUUACAUCAUUCUGUCUGGACCUGCUCUGGUGUCAUUAGAUGUCUGAUGUCUAGUUUGGAGCUAUAUGAAUAAAACUGACCUGACUUGA